AUGAAAUUUGUGCAAACUGAUCAGACCCUAGACAUCCCCGAAAACGUUGUUGUGAACAUCAAGUCUCGAAUCGUCAAAGUUACCGGUCCAAGAGGUGAAUUGACGAAGAACUUGAAGCACAUCGAUGUCACGUUUACGAAGGUGAGCAACAGACUGCUCAAGAUUACCGUGCAUAACGGCGACAGAAAACACGUUGCUGCAUUGAGAACGGUCAAAUCACUUGUCAACAACAUGAUUGUUGGUGUCACAAGAGGUUUCAAGUACAAGAUGAGAUACGUGUACGCACAUUUUCCCAUCAAUGUUAACGUGAUUGAGAAGAACGGUGCCAAGUUCGUCGAGAUCAGAAACUACUUGGGUGACAAAAAGGUCAGAGAGGUGCCUGUGAGAGAAGGUGUCAGCAUCGAGUUUUCCACCGUCCAGAAGGAUGAAAUGUUGUUGAUUGGUAACUCUGUCGAAAACGUUUCCCAAAACGCUGCCGACAUCCAACAAGUGUGUCGUGCCAGAAACAAGGAUAUCCGUAAGUUCUUGGACGGUAUCUAUGUCUCCGAAAAAGGUUUUGUUGAAGACCAAAACUGA